CCGUGUGACUAAUUAAAACCCUGGUUGGCCUAGUAAUGAUGUUGAAUAGAAUAACUAAGCACGUUCAUUUCCUCCUAAAUCUCCUUCCUGUUAAUUUAUUCAGUUUGGUUAAACGUUGAUUUCUGAAACUUCCUUAUCCUCUUCAUUUUCUUACCAGAGGAUGACCUCUGAAUUCGUGUUCUGUAACCAUGCUUUCAUUUUUGUCCUUAACGUUCUUGUUAAAACUAUAUUGAGGAUUCUUUUAUCAAAAUGACAAUGUUUGACACAAGCCGCCUGUCUUUAUUAGAGACGACAAUUGUGAUCACUGAAUUACUUUCAACACUGUCUGCAAAAGACUGUAACAGGUUUAAUGGAAUUUGUUGCUACAAUGAAUAUUUCGACUCAAGCACUGGGAGAUGUUUAAGCUGCACAGAUGGAAGGUUUGGUAAAAAUUGUAACUUAUCUUGUACAAGAGGAUACUACGGUCAUCUCUGUUCAAAACCAUGUGAAUGUGAGGCUCACAUGUGUAAUGAACAUACUGGUUGUAAGACUCGACAGAAUGAGACUUCACACGAGAAAGAUCACAAUUGGGUGGUAGUAAGCCUCAGUAUAUUGGUGCCCAUUGUAGUCAGCGUCAUUUGUGCAGUAAUUUACCUCCGACGGGGAAUAAAGCGGUAUUUGCAACGUUUGGCGAAUCUCUGUCUAGGUAGAGAUGCAACAAAAUCACAAGGAUGCAACAUUGUUCAGCAACAAAAUUGCAUGGCAGUAGAAAUAGUUGCCAACGGGAAAAGUUUAUCUUCAGAUUACGAUGAAGUUCGUUUGUCUCAAUUAAUUCGUAAUAGUACUAAUCGUGCGAGUCUACAAUCAAGUGGAGAUAGAACGACGGGAAAUCCUGUUGAGGGUAAAUUUGCACAUUUUGAUGGCAUUGAUAAUGCUAAAAAUGAAAUUGCAGAUUAUAGUCGGCUAUUGCUGAGAAAAAAGCAGAGUACAUGCAUUUUGAUUGAUACAGUGGUUUCGGAGGAUGAUGGAUAUGCUCUUUUAAGAACAAAUGUCAAGAAAGAUACAAAUGCAGACGUCAAACCCAACCCAAAAUAUUAACAAUUCAAGAUAGUCAUUCUGCAAGAACUAAUAUUUAACACAAAUUUCUAAGCAAAUAUUUACGACAAGGUAGAUCUCCAUAAAACUAAUAUAAUGGACGAACAAAAACAAAAGCAAUGCAUGAAGAAGAAAUGAAGUCAGCUGAAGGAAAUUGUUUUUGUGUAUUUGAUGUUAUGUGAUAUUUAAAUACGUAUUUUAAACAUUGAAAAAUAUUUUUUUUUUAAUUGUUAGCAUGCUCUUUUAAUGUUGAUUAAUUUUUUUUGACGUAAAUAAAAAGAUCCCAAUAACAGGACAGAUGUAUCAAUAUUCCAAGGUUAUUUUGAAGGGUCAACCAACUAAUUACCAUUAAAAAAAAACUCAACUAAACUUACUGUAAGUUUAUUGGAAAAUUCUAUUCUGAGAGAAAAUCAAACAGUUCACAACACAUCGAUACUCCAAAUGCACACAGUGUUUGAAAAGUGAAAUAUUCAAAUAUUUGUCAGUGCAAAGUUUAUCUUUUAAGUAUUUUACAUGAAAUGUAAAAAAUAAAUAUAAUGUUUGUAACAAAUAUAAUGUUUGUAGAUUGCAGAGUGUGCAUUUGAGACAUUUAUAUGGUACUUUGCUCAUAUUAGUUUGCCGUUAGCACUAUCCAAUUCUUAUCAUUUAAAAUAAAAUAUUCAUUAAAAUAUUGGAUAGACAUACAAGAAUCUCCCUGUUUAAAGUUGUCAAUGUAAGGUUUGCCUUACUUUGCAUCUUGCAUGUGACCGUUGCACUAACAUAAAACAGUUCAGGUUUAGGGUUACCGUUUAUUUAAUAUGGCUAGGGAGAUUUUUAAACCUGACAGGAUGCAGUUAAAAGAUAAAACCUUUAAAAUUUUGAUGAUCAUAUAUAAGUGCAACAGCAAUCUUGUAUGAUUUAAUAAAUUUGAACCUGAUAGUGAACAUGAACCUCUAGAUAUGUGAAACUGUGUUUCAUAUUUGAAACAUUUGCAAAAACUCUUCAUUUAGUUUACUUUUUCAAAACUUAUUAUUGAAUUUUCAUAAGAAAUACUUUACAAUGUAAUUUGCCCCAAGCCUGAUUACUUCAUAUAUUCUUUUAUUAUCAUGUGAUUUGGAUGCGGCGUUAUGAAAACAACCCCUGCUGUAUUUUCUCUUUUAUCUUGAUUGAAUAGACCGUCGUAUAUGCAAAACCCUAAACUAUUGUUUUUGUUGUUUAAUCAUUUAUUUAGUCACAUAAUCCGAACACAGUAACAGUUGAUGGAUGCAAAGAAUUAUCAAAUUUUAAUAAUGCAAGCAAUUCCUCAAAGGAGAGACAUUAUGUAAAUUUUGGACUAUUAAUCGAUAUCAUUUGUUCAAGCAAAGUAACUUCAAAGUCAUAGAAAAAUUAAAAAUAACAAACAUUACCGUGUUUCAAUGGAAUGUCAAUGCUAAGUAUGUAUUUGAUAGUCAGUUGUCAAGAUAUCUGAAAGAGAAAAGACGUACCUUUUUUUUUUUUCAUGUACACAUGAAAUUCGUGUGCAAUGUUUUUAGUUUGUUAAUAAUCUUAUUAACAGUUCUGAUUCUAGAAAAAAUGUUAGUUUGUUAGUUCGUUAUA